UGUUGGAGAGACUGGGGGCAGCCUGCAACUGUGCCUCUGUACGUGUGAGCUGUCAUUGCAGUGUGGAUGUAUGGCCACAGAAGCUAUACACAGCUUUACAGGCAAGAUUCGCAGGGCGAUAUGUGGUCGAAAUGUGCUACUGUGUGUGUGUGUGUGUGUGUGUGUGUGUGUGCGUGUGUAGUUGCAUCCUCCACCUCCCGCCUCCCAUCCCUUGAUUUAUGAUGCUGUUUGGCAGUAUGUAGAUGUGUGUGAGUAGGAGGCAGAGAGUGAUGGAGAGGAGGGAGGUGGGAGAGGGGAAACACUGUGAUAGUGCUUAUUUAUAGGGCAGCAUGGCCUGGCGAAAGAGAGGAAAGAGAGAAAGGGGAGAACGCCUUUGUCGGGGGCGUUUGCACUUUAUUAUUUGCAUGAAUAAUGGGGAUGGAGGGAUAAAGACAUAAGCGGCAGGAGAGGAAUUUCAGUGCGGGCAGACAGGCGGGGAGGGAGGAGGGGAGACGGACGGAUGGCAGCGAGCGGAGAGAGCGGAAAAGGGAGGGGCAUCAGUGUGCAGGCGAGGGUGUGAGGGUUGGAUGGGAGAUUUCAGGUGAGGACCCUCCUGGAUAAACCCAUGGACCAUCUGUUAUGUAAAACAAGCCCUGCCUAAGGUCAGAAGGACCAGGACGGCCUGUCGGAAGAAUUAUUUUUGCAUCGUUCGCAUGGAGAUGAUUCGUGAGGGAGUUUAACGCAGCAUGAAUCACACUAAAGCAAACAUAAACACGGCUUAAAUAUUGAUAAGCUACUCAGCACAUCAGACUUUUACACAUGUUCACGGCCAGGCGUCAGUCUGGACACGUGAUGCUCAGUAUCAGUACCGAGCGGAAGUCAUGGAUGUCAGAAGCAGGUUUCCAGCAAGUCCUCGGCUCAAUGUAAAUACUUGAUGAAGAGCAUUUUAAAAAUACCUAGAAUAUGCAGGCGCAGAGGAAACAGUCCUAUGUGACACAGUUAGGAAGGCAGGUGUGAACUGAAUACAGCCCGAGCAGCAUUACAGCGGUGCAGCCGGUCCAGAUCACCGGGUUGAGCACAUCGCAGAGGAAGAGGAGGUUGGGAUCCUGCUGUCAGCACAGACCUGGAACCCGAAGGCGCCACAUUAACCUGACCGGGAACACUUUAAUUCUGAUUUUCAGUUUACAAGUGUUCACAGAACGUUAGAAAUCCAAUAACACCGCUCUGCUAGUAGGGGCUGCGUCUCCUAAUCAGAGAUAAGCAGUGAAGAACUGUGAUAAAGAGAAUUUGCAUAAGUACACAUCUAAAAUACACAGUGUGCUCCCAGUCCCACGUGGUGCAGAUUGUGGAGUUCUGCUCAACUCUGCUUGCAAAUAUCUUUAGCUGUGUGCGCUACGAUCCAACAUGAAUGUGUAAACAAACAGAAUGAACAGAGAGGAAAGCCCAAGAGUUCCCUAGCAGUUUGCCCACAAUUCUCUAGCAAGCAACAGAUUCACUAGAGGUGGUUGCGUUUGUCCUGGGUGAGAUCGGCAUUGACGUGUGCUGCCGAUCAGCCUCCUUCACUGCGGAUCAACAGCUGGAACAGCAGGACCGCAUCUGUCUUUAAGUCGGCUCUCUGGUAACGGGAUCUCUCCCAAUUCACAGGCUGGGAUAUUGGCUUACGGUUCCAUAUUCCUCACAAACAUCAGAGUAGUAGCUGAAAUAUCAGUAGUAUUUUUCACAUGUCAUAACUUUUCCAGCUUACAUUAUUUUUGCAGCGUUGCUGUCACUUGUUACUAAGUGAAUAUAGGCCGAGAAAAAGCUGAAUCGUGCAAACGCUGUCUUGAGCAGCAGGAACGUGUUGAUUUGUCGGUUUAAAAAAGAAGCCGGCGAUCCCGGUUUACGUUUGAAACCCAGACCCCGACCUCCCGCGACGUACGGGAGACGAGACGUCAGCAUCCAUCAGCGCUUCGCAGAGCGGCGGCCUUGAGAGGCCGCUGAGCGAGGGAAGGCGUGGAGCUGCUGCGAAGUGACUGGAAGCAGGAGUCCUGCUGGUGCAGCGACGCAGCGAAUGCAUGCUUCAGCCAGAGCUGGCAAACACGGUGUUACUAAUACUGUUACGGCACCAUCAUGCUCUCUAGAUGCAGUGUUGUCGAUGCUAUUAGCGAUAAUUGUGUAAAAAGCUACAGGACCGUUUCCGUAUCCAGUCACGGCGCCACGCUGUUUUCUGGAAGAGCUGAAAACAUUCAUCAAGGUAUAAGUCGGGGCACGGUGAAUACAUUCAUACUUUUCAUGAUGUGUGGAUGCGAAUGCUGUCUCCCCACCGCUCGUAUCUGUCACUGGGUUGCGUUUCAGGGAGGGAUUCCCUAACAUUAAAAAAACAGCAACGCCCCCACCGCACCCGCGCGCUUCACGCACGCUCAGUCCCAAAAAGCGGAUGCCUCGUCCCAGAUUCGCCAGCACGCGGGCGGCCUGCAACCCGGAGGACCUGGCAGAGCGAGGCGGAAGCCGAUCGGCCGGCUCCUGUCCAGGCCGCGUGCGCGUGAACGCAUCCAAGGUGAAUGAGUCAGUGAUGCAGCACCUUCGGCGCCACGGUGACACCCGGUGACCCUUAUCUGUGGGAGAAUAUGUGUUUACACGCCCAGGGAGCCGAUGUGGCAUUUGAUGCCACAGUGAGUGAGUCAGUGAGUAUGUAGGUUGUAUACGUAUCAUUUUCAGCCUGUGUGAGGGCACGUUACAGCAGAUGUGACGGAGUUGAAACAUAAUGCCGUGAAAGAGGAAUGUUCACCUCUAUAAUUUGAUCUGAGAGCGCCGAAGUGCGAGUUUCCGGGCGUUCGACCAACGCCGAUGAUCUGACGUGCAGCUACCAAGCACCCGAGUGCUGAUGAAGGAAAAAGGCCACGUUCUCGAAGACGGGGAACCUCCUUCACACAUCAAAGCGGUAAAAACAAAGCGUGCGCUGCAGCGGGCCACACAUCUACCGGGCCCAUUUCCUCCCCCUCUGCAGGACUGCUUCAUCUAAACACAAUCGCGCAACAGCAUCUUUCCAUUUCAGGACUAAACGUUCAUUAUAUAUUUAACAGGCCAUCAGGAUGUUUACGCGCGCGAUCAGGUUUAUGGUGCCGGGUCGUCGCCGCCGCUGCCUUCGCCAAAUACUACGAGCUGCGGGUUUUUAGUUACCACUAUCACUGCACCAGUGCUGAACUUAUCCGCUCUGUAUCAGUGACACACACCUGCACAAAAUGGCAGCCUCUGUCAUGCCUAAGCCGAUUAAUGAGGCGUGUCCGACCUGCCACUGACAGGGGCAUGUAGAUUGGACAUGUCAUUUCGCCAUAUUAAUGGCAGUAACUCUGCAAGUGUCAGACGGCUGCAGUCAGUCCCUGCAUGUAUGCGGCUCACACUCAGUUUCCUCGACUAAAGUCCCCCGACCAUCUGGGCCCCCGGUCCUCAGCUGCGGUCGGGUCGGCCUCCGGAGCUGGCAUCCGCACACGCCGCUGCACGAGGGCCGCUCUCCGAGGCGGCGCCCGUCAUGGCAACCAGCCCCGCUGCAGCUGUCAGGGUAAACAAGCGCCGGGCCCCGCGGCCCCGCGCUGCCGCUGCUGCAGGGCAGCGGGAGCACGGGAGGACGGAUGACGCUCGGAAGCCUCCCGCUGGAGCGGGAGCCGUCAGGCCGCGCAGCCCGAGCCUGCCGGAGCUGACAGCGCGGCCGCUGCAGAUCUCGGCUCGUUUGUUGUGCACCGACACGCAGCUCGCUCCCUGUUCUUUUUUCUAUUCGUUUUCUCCCCCGCCUCCCUCCAUCCCUCCCUCCCUCCGUCUCGCUGGCUUCUUCCCCCUGCCUGAGCUCAGCCUGGCUCCCCCAUGACUGCAGGGGGGGUAUCCAGCGCCACGCCGCUGCGUGUGCGGGGGAGGAGGGAGCGCCGGGGGAAGAGAAGCUGGCUCAGAGCUCCGGUCAUGUGCUCUGUUGUUGUUGCUGUUUCCUCAAGGAGGGAUCCUGCCUCCUCAGGAGCAGAGUCAGAGCCUCGUGUGACAGUGCAAGAGCAUCACCUACUGUAUCUCGGAGCAGAAAUGAGUGUGCCACGACCACUGACCCAUCGUCUAAGGAUUCUUUGAUGCCGAUAAACAGCUCUGACUAAUCACAGCAUGAUAUGGGCAUUCAGACUCUUGUGGCUCACUUCAUAAAUAGAUCGCUCUUGUCCUCACAGACAGAAAGACAUAUACCGUACUUAAUGUUUAUUGUGUCCUGCUGUGUAAAUGCUGGAGGGCUCUGCAGUGGUGGAUCGUACUACUGCGAGCAUGGCUCAGCUAUACUGUGAGUCAUGUGGGUGAAGAGUGGCUGCUAAUCUGCUAAUUGACCGAAGGGGAGGGGGAGAAGCUGAGAAACUCAAGGAGAAGGAGCCGAACUGAGUGCGUGCAUCAUGUCACACGAUGCUGCGGGGUCCGCUGGCUGCAUGCAGGGAUGCAUUAGGACAUGUUUAUGUCCAUUUGGUGUUUGCAGGACAGCUUUUCGGACGGGAAGGAAAUCUGGGACGAUGUCUUCUGACCAGGCAGAAAAUGAGAUAGGUCUCGGUCUUAAUUGAUAUCAGCCAGUGCAUAACCAUCUGAAACUGCUCCCCACAUUACAGAAGUCAAACGCGCUUGGCUAAUCUGUUUGAGGUCACGCAGAGUUCAUUUCUAACAGCUAAAGUACACCAUCUAAAUGUGUGUCUGUGUCCUGUGACAAUGUCAAAGCCUGAUGUUAUAGAGCUUCUUUACUUCAGGAGUGGGCUUCAGCUGAUCCAAUACAUUUCCUUUUUUAUAUAAAUACAUUUUCUAAAAUCCUAAAAGGUCGGACUCAGAGGCCAGGCUCAAAAGCACAGAGGGUAGUCCAUGUUUAUUCUAGUUCAUUGAACUGGCAGAGGUCAAAACUCCAGGCAGGCAAUCAAUGAAACCUAUGCAAAACUGUAGCUACAGUAGGAGGCAGGAACAGGCAAUCAGAGAGGGCGACAGAGGCACCGCACGUGAUGCACAGUUCACCGUGGCAACAGCUGAGCGUUUGUGGCUGCUGCAUGCUUUAUGCUACAGGGUGAAGGAGGGAGGUGGGAACAGGUGGAUGAGUGGGUGGAGUCGGUCAGGUGGUGGGAGGUCGUGGGAACACCAGGGUUAUGGUGGCAGCAUCUGUAAAGUAGCGAGAACCAAUUGUGGACACGCCCUUUUGCGCAUGUUUCAGCUUCGAUCAGAUUGUGAAUAUUUAGUCAUUUUAAAACUAGACUUCAGAGAACAGCCAAACAAAUGGGUGAUAGUUAGAUAGUCAUUGAGAGACGAUCAGAACAAUUUAAUAGUUCAGAAUGAAAAAUCACAGCACGGCUAGAAAUACAAAAUUUAGGAAACCUAGAAAACGUAAAGUGCUGCAUGAAGGAACUAGUCUGAACUGCAAAGUCGGGGAGAAGAAACAUACCAGAAACUAGAACAAGGAGAAGGACAAGUAUAAAUACAGACUCAAAUCAAUGAAACGAGACACACGUGAACAGAAAAGAACAGGAAGCAGAACCAUAGAACAUCAACCCAUGAUAAGCACACACCGCCCUCAACGGGCCGGAGGGGGAACUGUCAGGAACAAAUGCAGCUUAGACAACAAACAAUGCUCUAUCGCAGCUUUCUUAUCUUUUAUCCUAACAUGAUUUUCUUGCCUGGAACUAUCUAUGAGGCAGAUAUGACAGAGCUGCAGGAGAUUUUACAAAAGGUUUGACUUCACUGAGCUUCACUGAGAUUUUACAAAGGCUUCGUCUUCACUGAGCUCAAGCAGAGACCAUUUAGAAUAAGCAAUGAGACACGGGGAUGAGGCAGAUGAUCAUCAGAGCUGCAGGAGACUUAGACUUAGAUCAGUUUUUUUAAGUUUGCCUUUUAAAGUUUAUACAUUCAACAAAGCCAUCUGCUGUAUGUCUGUGAGAUGAGUCUAUGGACAGUGUGUAAAUAGGAAUAGAAAUAAAAAGAGGUAUAGAAAAAUACAAAAAUAAUCUUUUUACAAUAAUUCAACAGGAAUCCGGACGACUGAGGUUUAAAUACUGUGUUAAUUCUACAAAUGAGGAAAGGUGAUGCCGAUUUGUGCAGGACUUGGCACAUUCCUGCCGUCAGAGCACAGAGGGGCAGUUUCUGGAAUGAAUUCUGUCCCCUGUCUGCUGCCCUUGGCGUGAUCUGAUGCGACGGGAAGGAGUUCAGAGGGAAGGGUAAUAUCUGCGAGCCCAUCAGAGACGGAGUGGAGCUGAUGUUUCCGAAUCACUGGGUCAGUGGGUCAGAGGCAUCGCCGGACGUCCGCAGACUCCACAAGCAACUGUGUGUUUGUCAGCGCUCUCCAGGAGGCGGCCGCCAUCGGCCCGGCCCGGCCCGGCCCGGCUCACCGGCAGCCGGGGCGCUGACACGGGUGCGGGGCCCUCAGAGAGCUGCACACACCACCCAGACCCGCUGGUGCAGAGAGCAGGCACCUGGAGACGACCGCUGUGUUUAAACUCCAUUAGCACCGCAGCCUCCAUAAUUAAACCAAUGUUUUAAUUAGGAUUUAGGCAGCCAGCAAAGACAAGGGAUAAUAAGGCUAAUUCAUCCAAGGAAGGACGUGUAUUUCAUCUGCUCUGUGCUCUGAGGAUGACUUUGUGUAUGAUCCCCCUCCUAGUGUGAACAGCUUUGAGCGCACGUGUGUGAGGGAUCCAUAGAGCAGGUCAGCGACAUUCGAGGGUUCGGCCAAAGCGAGAGCAAGAAGAAAAUGGAUCUUUUUGUGAAAGACUGUGUUUCUGGAAAGUUUCAGACAAUCCAUUAUACUCAAACCUACAUUUGCGGCAGAUGGCGUGCCCGUCCAGAAGGAUGGAGAGCAGGUAAGUGUGCGGCAGUCACUCAGGCUCUCUCCUGCUGCUGGCUUCCUCUGACGGACCGGCGCCGCUCCCCCGGAGGAACCGGCGCGGCCGCUGGUUUUCAAACGCGACCUGCUCCGCUAUAGCUUUGUGUGCGUCAGAUUGCACUUAGCGCCCGCUACACUGCCUCACCUGAGCUGGGGCAGCGUAGCGGGACGCCUGAGCGGCCGCUGGUUCUGGUUCGGCCCGUUGCUGUUUGCUUUAACUCCGCUGCUUGAUGGCGAGUCACUGCUCAGUGUUGGUCCAAAGCAAAGACAGCAGUGGCGUCUCUUCUUCUUUCUAAUUCUUAUACAUCAUUACUCCUCUACUCUCGUCUCCUCUCCUGUCCUCUUGUCUCCUCUCCUCUACUCUCGUCUCCUCUCCUGUCCUCUUGUCUCCUCUCCUCUACUCUCGUCUCCUCUCCUGUCCUCUUGUCUCCUCUCCUCUACUCUCGUCUCCUCUCCUGUCCUCUUGUCUCCUCUCCUCUACUCUCGUUUCCUCUCCUCCCGCUGCUAUACUAAUUUCGUAGACACCGGGAAGGAAACCAUUUUGGACUAAAACACAAGGAACUCUACUUUUGCACCAAAUGCACUGUGGACUGAUUCCAUCAUUUAUUUAUGCAUUGUACCCCAGAAUGCCCUUCAGUCCUAGGGCAAAAAAACAACCCACAAGUCACACCCACCCACCCACUCACACACACACACACACACACACACACACACACACACACACACACACACACACACACACACACACACACACACACACACACACACACACACACACACACACACACACACACACACACACACAAUGCAGGGAUGUGCCUGCUGCUUGAAGGGCUCCACAUAUGUUAAAUCUCCAAUCACACCCACUCACUCUAAGAGAGAAAGCGAUACUGUAUGAGAUGAGAGUCAGAGGCAGCAACGAAUAGAAUUACAAGUAAAGAAGAAGUGAAGAAACGAGCAGGAGGAGGCUGAUAUCGAUUACCAGGAGCUAUAUGGGGCCUGAGCAUGAAGCCGAUGGAGACAACGGACGUUGUUGUGGUCUUUGUUCUCCUUUUGCAUCAGAUUACAUUAAAACACACUUAAAAUACAUUCCAAAUAAUAUUGAUGAUCAAACAGAUGUAUGACAGAUAAAAAUGUCACACAUCACACACACACACAGACACACACACACACUGAACACUGACUGCGUAGUUCAUUGUCGUCAGCAUCAUAAUCCAGUGCAGAGCUGACGUCUCUCUCACACACACACACACAACACACACACACACACACACACACACACACACACACACACACACACACACACACACACACACACACACACACACACACACACACACACACACAAUUUUCUGCUGGCUUUCAGUGUUUUUGGCAGCACAAGCGACCGGAGGAAAGACUCAUUCAUCCGCAGCAUAUUCACUCUGCUAUACAUAACUAAGCAAAUAUAAACUGAUCCCUGUUUAAUCCCCUCCCUUCUCCCUGUCAUUCUGGUCCUUGACUCUUUUCCCCUUUCUUAUUCCUGGAAAAUCCCGUGUAUCUGUCUCUUCUUCUCUCCCUCCUCUUGAUUUCUUUCUCUUCCACUGCAUGUUCACGUUAAACCUCCCUCUCCUCCUAUAUUUGUCUCCUCCCACCUCCCUCUCCACACAUGCCAAUGUUCUCUCUGCCCUGUCACUCUCCCACUCGUUCCCCAUCCCUCUCUCCUCCUAUUUCUCUUCCUCAGCAUGGACGUUCAGAAUUUUCAUGGGAAGGAAUCAAUCUGUCUAUGGAAGACACCACGUCAAUCCUGCCUCGGCUCAAGAGGAACUCAAACGCCUACGGCAUCGGAGCUCUGGCUAAGUCUUCUCUGUCAGGUGUGUCAGGGGUGACCCGCACCAUGAAGGAAAGAGUGACCAAGCCCACGGCCAUGGCGCAAGGUCGCGUUGCUCACAUGAUUGAGUGGCAGAACUGGGGCAUGCAGACGGUGGGCUCAGGUGGCCUCCCCCAGUCCCGCAUCACCACCCAGGAGCGGGAGAAGGAGCGGCGGCUGGAGAACGACGCCUACAGUGACCUUAGCGAUGGCGAGAAGGAGGCGCGCUUCGCCGCAGGUAUCCUACAGCAGUUUGCAAUCUCUGAGGCCACACUUCUAGCCUGGUCGUCGAUGGACGGGGAGAGCCCUCGGUCGGGGUCCAACCAGGGCAGCGUGGCCCAUCUGAGCGAGGUCAACCAGGAGAGCAUCACCAGUCGAGAUCAGAUAUUGCACCACUCGUCGGCAGAGGUGUGGCCUCACACGUACGUCUCCCAGGGCCACUACUGCCUCUCGUCCUCCGACGCCUGGGACCCCAUCAACAGCGACCCGUCCGGCGUGGCGUCGCCCGCCGCCGGCUCCUACGUGAUGGGCACCGACGGCUACGACGGCCAGGCCGCGGCCCACUUCCUGUCGCAGCAACAGCAGCAGCAGUUCAACCUCCAGCAGCAGAGUCAACUGCAGCAGCUGCAGCAGAUCCAGCAGUUCCAGCACUACCAGCAACAGCAGCUUCUGCAGUAUCAGCAACAACAGUCCCUGGAGCACAGGCUGCACAGCGCCAACCACUCUUUGCAGGCGACGCCCAACAGCACCAUCCACAGCCUGGUCCACCAGGUGCACCCGCCGCUGGUUGACCUGUGGAACUCGGGGCAGAUGGAGGCCUACCAGGCAGAGGCCGGCGGCUACGUGGGCGUGGCAGCGGUGGUGGAGCCCAGCAUGUGCGUCCCCUCGGGGGACGAGAUGGUGGGAACCGAGCACUCCCCGCUGCUGGAGCAGCAGGAGGAGGAGGAGGAGAUUAAGGAGGAGGAGGUGACUCUGUGCAUGGAUCUGGAGCCGGCCACGUUGACCCCACCGACGCAACAGGGGGACGCCUCCGGAGGCAGUAGUCCGGGGCAACCGUCGGCAGAGCCAAUCACGGAGAGGAAGACCUCGGACGUCACCUCUGGUCUAGUUCAGACGUUAGAAGAGAAGGAAGAGGAGGAUGAGGAGGGGCCAGCCGCUUCCAUGGCAACUAACUGAGCUUGUGGUUGUUUAGGAAGCUCCUUACUGCAAACUCACCUGGGAGUCAGCAAGGAAUGAACAUAACAAUACAACAUAUAUCUAUUAAUUCGUCCUUUUCAGGUAUCAAAGACACAGCGUUUUUGUUGCGAGAUGAAUUCUUCAAAACACUGAUUUGAAGUGACUCUUCACGAGACAUGAGCUGAUGCAACAAAGGACACCUAUUUCUUUGUAAGCCUUACAUCCCACAAGUAAACAAACCGAGAGUCCUGAGGACGAAGAAGGUGAAGAGGAGGAGACAAUGUUUCCAUCAACGCUGAGGCGAAGCAGAGGGAAAUGGAAACAUGCAUGCGUUUUAUGAAGACAAGCAAAGUCAACCCUGAUAAAGAAAAUCUAAUAUGAUUCAACAUUAUGAUAAGAAUUAUUUUAUAACAAAUUAGGAAAAAGAACAAGACAAAAAUCUAUGUAUAAGUGUAUAAUAAGAUAUAACAGUUCUCCCACGGGAGAACCUCUCUGUUUACAGCUGUUACUCGACAUAUUAGCUAGUGUUUAAUCAAUUUAAUUUCCCUGUUGCAACUGACAUUCGCAGUAUUCUUUACCAUUGGCGCAAACGAUGUCACGCAGAAUUGGAGACGGCUCGGAAAUUGUGGGCAUUUAAGUGAAAUGCCGCGGAACCUUUGAGAAUCGAUUAUUUUGAUGACGUGGUAGCAGGACGUCCGAGGCACAACCCAGGGACCGGCCCGGCCCGAUCCGGCCCGGCCCUGCGACUGCACACGCUAAACACUGCACAGAUAAGGAUUGUACUGUAAGAUAGCGUGCUUCCUACUCUGUCUCUCUGUAUGCAUGCUUCGUCAGAGUACUAUGGAGCACCCGUCCUAUACGGCACUGUAUAGACUUUGCACUGAGCCAUAGUACUCCAGGUGGGCCUCAGGCGGCCCGCCGCGGGCCCGAGCGUCGGGUUCCACGACAGAGACGCGAAGACAGAGCUGCAUAAUCAAAUCUUUUUUGCACUGAUGCGAUCCAACAGAUCAGAGGUUGCCUUUGCACUGUUGACGUUACACAGUUCCCACUCUGAAAGCUUUCAGCACCAUCGACAACCAAAACCGAGCCACUCGCCAUCCGUCAGCUGCUUUUUUUCCAUAGAUAUAGUGGGGUUAAAUUGAGGACGAUAUCCGCUAUAUUGAAUGUACUGGAAGACAGGCGGACGAGCACGGGCGAUGUUUGGGAGGACCAGUUCGAGGCUUUCUCAGAAAACAAAGACAAGCGAGGGGAUCUUUCAGACAUGUUAAACAUGGAUUCACCUAGACCAUCGCUACACACUCAUACAAAUAUCUAAAUUGUAACCAGCAAUAGGCAGGCACCGCACUGGCUCCACGAAAGGCCGGGAGGAGCCCUGCUGUCCACAUGUAAAUAGUCUGAGUAAAUAAAUAUUGCCUCUCACUCAGUCACAACUGUUCUAGUACAGUAUAAUUUCUUUAUUUUUUUACGCCGCUCAGCUCCCACUUUACUUUGGGACGUAUGCCCGGCAAGGAAAAGUCAAAUUGGAAAAGGAGGAGGGGGGGGGGGGGGGGGGGGGGGGGGGGGGGGGGGGGCUCGUGUCCAUCAGUGCAGUACAGUCUGGACCGAGUGCUGCUCCAUCGGCCAAUCAGGGAAUAGAACUAGGAGAGCUAGGACUUCAACGGACCGGUGUCUUCCUGCUCAUUAUUACUGUGAAGCAGACGCCUCGAGUGCGAUAGCGGCGAUGACGCCCCCCCCUCCCCUUUUUCUUUUGCCUGGGGGGAAAUGGGAGGUCACCAGUGAACAGUGACUUUUCUGUGCAUGACUCACUGAUGUAUUUCGCUACAAACUGUACAACCACUGUUUUCAUCCUCUCUCUGUUGAGGAGCACCUUCUCCUCUCACUUCGAUGAUUGUGUGAGGAGCUUUUAAGAUAAAGAUAAAAUAACAGUUUAUUGACUUGAAUGAAUUUAUUUAUCGAUUGCUUCUUUAUGCAAUGUUGGGGACAACGUUUAUUUUUCUACUGACUUGUUGAAAUCCCUACCAGUAUAAGUUAGACGAUGUGUCAUGGUUGUAAAGCGGGUUUAUUUUGCUCUACUUUUAGGAAUUAGCAGACGAACAUCACGGCAGGAAGCAGCGAAUGAUUAGUUCAGCACCUCUGAGUUACAACAAAUAUCAUGGUUUUCUUUCACUGUUUAGAUCAUAAAACAACCUAAGAGGGCUCGAAACUGUGAGCAGAAUGUCUUUACACAGUGGCACAUAUUUAUUUAUUGAACCAUUACUUGGUGGGGAGACAUACAAUAAUGUGACGGCUUGUACAGUUUGGUUUUUGUGAGCACCAACCCUUCUGGGAGCAGUAUCUUUUGCUUUGAGUCUCAGUUUUAACAGUGUAAUGUGCAGGAAAGAUUAUAUUGAUUCAUAUUUGCUGAUGCAUUCAAACGGGCCUGACCGUUUCAAUUAAAAAAACAUGCAUGGACCAGACUGAACCACAAAAGACACUGCUUCAAAAUGGGGUUUUUUUGUUUCUUAAAUCUCAAUGAAUGAAUAAACUAAUAACAAGAAGCCAAAUAUACUUCUGCGGAUGCUAAGGUUUGCUGACCACGUUUUUUUGUCACUCAGCCGCUUUGAAGCUGAGUUCCUCUAUUUUGUAUAAUUCUACUGCCAUCUUCCACUGGUUACAGUAACUCGUCUGCAGACAUGGCACUUCAAAUCUGCUUCUGGGCCUCUGCCUUUCUCCUCCUUUCUCUCGAUCUCUUUGUGUGUGCUGUAUAUUUGUGUCUGUCCGUCAGUGUACAGUACGUUGUUUGCUGUGUCGAAGUGGAAGAAUCACUGCCUGGAAAAAAAACAAACAGUUUUCUCAUCAACCAAAGGGGAUUCGAGGCAAUCGGACAUACAGUAUAUAUAGAAUUUGGACGUAUGUUGUUUAAGAGGAGGCAGCCCGGCAGGUGGGACCUGCGCACGCUCACACUCACACCUAUGCAUGCUCGCUGGACGGCUUCCACAGGACGGUUCUUCCACAGCCCCCUCUUCUGUCAAACAACUCUGUUCGUUCCCCCGUUUCUCCCCCCUCCCCCCCUGUUCCUCCUGCACGACGAAACCUCCACCUGUCUCCCCCUUCUUUUCCUCCUGUGGAGAAAGAGCAAAUAAACGAACCAACAAACGGCA